AUGAUUUUAGCAAAGAAGAAUGGCGUACCCCCAAAGCCUGUUGAGGGUUUUGUGUUUUUUACUUUUCCCAUUUCUUUAAAAAUGGAUGGACACGAAUCCAGAUAUACAACUAUUGCUCUCUUUUCCCUUUUCGUGGGACUAGAGUGUAAUGCCCUAACCCAUUUAACGUUGUGUCCACUCUACGGUGUGUGUGGGCAUAUUCUUUCCCACAUUGCAAUAGAAGCAACAACGAUGCUGCUGCUCUACGAUGGUGUAACUCCUUUGGUGUGGUUUGUAUUUUUCACUUGGGUUGUGUUUUUCUUGCACACAGGGUGUGAUGCAAAAUAA